GGCGGCAUCUUUGCCGGCAUCGGUCGUCGGUCUGUGCCAGGGCUCACCACUACCACCAUCGUAUCACCGUAGGCCCAGAAAGAUAGCCGAGGCACAGAGAAAGAGAAAACCCGGCAACCCCUGAGCCAUUGGCGACGGCGAUGGAUCGCGCGAAUGGAUUGACGCGUGUGUGAUCGCUUCACUCCACUGCUGUGUGUUACUGCUGCCGGCUGCCGGUGCUGUUGUGCUAAUGUGCGCUCCCUUUUUUCAGUGCUAAUUGUACUGUCGGACUGGCAGGAUCGUGCCAGAGUGCUAGAGUGAGUUUUCGGUAGCUGAGCAAGGCAGGGUAGGAGUGAAGAUGUCGUCUCCCAGAAGCACCAUGUCGGACAGCAUCCGCGAGAUGUAUCAGUUCAGCGUCGUCGAUUAUUGCAUGUUCGGUGGCAUGCUGAUCCUGUCGGCUGCCUGUGGCAUCUAUUAUGGGUUUUUCAAGCGAUCGACAAACACCAGCAGCAGUACGAGCGAAUGCGAGGAUGAGCAGGACCAUCUGCCCGAGGCAGGGGUUCCAGCAAAGAAGCCUACCAACACGUUUGGUUCUGCCACGAUCGACGAGUAUUUGCUGGGGUCACGCAAGUUAAAAGCAUUCCCGGUGGCGAUGAGUCUGCUGGCGGGAUACAUUUCUGGCGUGACGAUACUGGGGACGCCGGCAGAGAUCUACAACUUCGGCACACAAUACUGGCUGAUCGCGGUUCCGAUUCUGUUGAUGGGUGUUGCGGUGUGUACGGUUUACUUGCCCGUGUUUUGCUCGCUAAAGUUAAACUCUUCGUACGAAUAUUUGGAGCUACGGUUCAAUCCUUACGUACGGUCGAUGGCGUCAGUAAUGUUUGUCAUUAAUCAGAUGCUAUUCUUGCCGAUGGUUAUCUACGUGCCAGCGCUUGCCUUCAAUCAAGUAACCGGUUUUAACAUUUACGUUAUUGGGGCAAUCGUGUGCGUCGUUUGCAUCUUCUACACACUUCUGGGCGGUAUUAAGGCGGUUGUGUUCACCGACGCUUGGCAGGUGGUGGUAAUGUUCAUCUCGGUCGUCGUGGUCGUGAUUAUUGGCACGAUCGCUCUCGGUGGUCCGGGCGUUAUCUGGGACCGGGCGGUGGAAGGCGGUCGGAUAGACUUCUUCAACUUCAAUCCAUCUAUGUACGAGCGGCAAACGUUUUGGGCCGUUUUGAUUGGCGGUUUCUUCUACUGGACCUCGUACAAUGCCGUCAAUCAGACGAUGGUACAGCGCUACAUGUCACUGCCGAAUCUAAAGACUGCAAAAUUCUCGAUCUACAUGUUUGUAGUUGGAACGGCCAUCUUCGUGUCGGUUUGCUGCUACACUGGACUGCUGCUGUAUGGGAAGUACUACGACUGCGAUCCGGCCACCGUGGGACUGGUGACAACGAGCGAUCAGCUGUUCCCGCACUAUGUGAUGGAAUCGGUUGGCAAUUUGCGGGGCAUGCCAGGUCUCUUUAUUGCCGGUGUGUUUGGAGCUGCACUGAGUUCGCUUUCCGUCAUCCUGAACACUACUUCGGGCGUGCUGCUGGAAGACAUUCUGAAAGGAUUGUUCCGCGUGACGCCCAGCUCGCUCGUGGCCAACAUCGUCGUGCGUGGCAGUGUGGUUGUGCUUGGGCUGGCCGCCAUGGGCUGUCUGUUCAUCGUGGACAAGCUGGACGGAAUACUGAUCGUGUCGGCAACGUUGGCGGCAAUCGGAAAUGGUACGACGGGAGGGAUCUUCACGCUGGGGAUGUUGGUCCCGUGGAGCAACACCAAGGGAGCACUGGCUGGAGGUAUCGCUGGUGCGCUUCUGUCCGGUUGGAUCUCACUCGGAAGUCAGUUCGCGAGUGCAGCGGGCGAGGUUGUGCCACACAAGCUGCCCGUCUCGGUGGAUGGAUGCAUUGCGGAGCUCAUCACGAACACAACGAUCGUGAAUCCGAUCUACCCGGAUGAGAGUGGAGUGUUUCCGCUGUACCGGUUGUCUUACCACUGGAUCACACCGAUCGGUGUAACAACGGUAGUGCUUGUUGGAUCGAUCGUAUCGUUCCUCACAGGGCCACGGGAUCUUCGUUACAUCGAUCCGGAGCUGAUCUCACCCGUCGUGCAUCGCUUCCUACCGAGGGAAUCGUUCAGCUACUUUGGAACGGCAAACAAAGGCCCAACGUGUGUCAGCGAAGAAAUGCAAACGCAAACGAAUAUCCCAGUCGAUAGCAGUGCUCCAUAUGGCACUGCAGCAAAUGGCCAAAAUGGUCGCGUAAAGGCACACAAUUGAAGAAUGAAUGUUGGAUUAACUUCUAGAACACACUAUUCAACAAUGUUCUUUCUAGUACAUUACAGUAAACAACCAUUACCUUCAUCAUACAGUACAAUAUCUGUGAUACGCAGGACACAAGAGGAUCAUCAGAGUAGGCAUUUAUGAUGUACGUUGUACAGAUGUUGGUAGUAUUGCAGUUAAGAUGAUCGUACAGUACCUUUUGACAGCGAGUUCGGUUGAGGUAACAAUGUUCGAUGCACAAUUUAAUAAUAAACGACACACACGA